AUGCUGUUCACGCCCGUGGUAGCCUUUCUGGCGACACUGCCUGUGCUUCCCGCCUUAGGUGGACAAGUCCCCGUGAUCAACGGUGUCUGGGGCGGCGUACCCGCUUUCCGUGCUUCGUCCGUGAAGGUUGACGAGAAGAUAGCGUCCACCGCGUCAGGUGGCACAGCAGGUCCAUUGCGCGUCAUAGAAAACAGCGGUAUCUGUGAAACCACCCCAGGCGUAUAUCAGGCAUCGGGUUAUGGCAACAUUUCGUCCUCAGAGAGUAUUUGGUUCUGGUUCUUCGAGGCGCGCAACAACCCUGAUACAGCACCGCUGACUAUUUGGCUGAAUGGCGGACCUGGAGCUUCGAGCAUGAUCGGCCUGUUCCAAGAACAUGGCCCAUGCCGGAUUACGAACGAUAGUAGCAGCGUCACGUUCAAUCCUUACUCCUGGAAUGAGGUUUCGAAUAUGCUUUAUGUUGACCAACCUGUCGGUACUGGCUUCUCAUACGGCACUACCGAUGUCGGUACAUCGCAAGAGGCUGCCGAGGAUAUCUGGACUUUCCUGCAAAUAUUUUUUGCAGAUUCCCGGUUCAGCAAGUACCAGCAAAAUGAAUUCGCUCUAUGGACAGAGUCAUAUGGAGGUCACUAUGGCCCCGUAUUCGCAGCUUACUUCCUGCAGCAAAAUGCUGGCAUCGCCGACGGAUCCGUGACAGGAGUGCCGAUUAAGUUGAAGUACCUUGGAGUAGGAGACGGUCUCACUGAUCCGCUCUCACAAUAUCCCGGAUACAUACAAUAUGCAGCAUCGAACCCGUAUCACCCUCUUGUAUCCAAAUCAGUGAUCCAAUCUGCAAACCGUUCCUGGACCUCGAGCCACGGCUGCAAAGUGCAGAUCGAAGCGUGCUACGAUAAAGGCUCCGAUGACACGUGCGCGAACGCGGAAGAGUACUGCAACGACAAGAUCCUCUCGCCGCUUGUAGGCAACUACGAUGUGUACUACGUGCUCUCGGAGGACCCGGAUCCCUACCCGCCGGACCUCACGCCAUAUUUAAAUAACUCGACGCUGCUCGAGCUCAUCGGUGCAGUGGGCCAAUGGCAGGAGGUCAGCAACGACGUUUACGACAACUUCGCCAACACCGGCGAUUGGAUGCGUAAUUCAAGGCCGAAUUUGGAGACGGUUAUCAAUUCCGGCGUGCGCACGAUUGUGUACGACGGGGAUGCUGACUACAUCCUGAACUACAUGGGUGUCGAAGCUAUGGUCGCCAACCUGCAAACGGACUUCAGCAGUCAGUUCGCGCAGCAGCAGUUCACCAACUGGACAGUCGCUGGGCAGCCUGCAGGGAUUUACAAGAAUGCCGGGACGUUCUCGUACGUGCGCAUAUUUGGCGCCGGCCACGAGGUCGCAGCGUAUGAAUACGGCACUCUCAGCAGAGGCCAGGCGGCGUUCCAGAUGUUCAGCCAGAUCAUGAGCAAUCAGUCACUUUUCUCGACGUGA